AUGUUCGUGCCACAGUCCGUACCGCUGGGUUGCCAAAGGUCUCGUCCAGUACUAGUGUCAACGUGCUCACAGUCAAGGGUGCUUUUGCGCGCAGAGUUGUCGUCAGAUGAUGAAGACUUUGCGAGCGCUCCGCCCGCCAUACGACGCCUUCUAACGAAACACAAACAGAGCGCUCGAACGCUGUUUGGUCGUGCGCAGAGCGGGGCCGACGAACACGCGAACCUCUGGUGGCUCAGUGGCGAGGACUAUGUGAAUCCCGACGGCAUCAUGGAACUCGCUGAACGAACGUCGGAUGACGCCGCACCAGGGACAGCAGAGGCUUUCUGGACCGCGUUCCUCAACAGUGGCCUCGCAGACGCCGAGGACGUUCCAGGCGAAGCGAAGAAGCCCACAGAGUUAUAG